AGGCGGGUCCCGAUCGAAUAGAGCAGAGCCUAUACAAGACUCCUAGCAAACCUCUAUAAGACAGGACAAAUGAGGAGCUAUGACGAGUGAAAACCACAGCACCAUAAAGGGAGACUCGGGCAUAGUCAUGCCCCCCACCGGCUCCUCAGCCCAACAACCGUCAUGUCCUCUCACACCCUCCACCAGCAAAGCCAUCCAAGAGCUUCCAGAUGAACUGGUUCAAGCCGGGUGGGCGAAAUGUUGGAGCAAGAGGGAGAAUCGGCCGUACUACUUCAAUCGUUUUACCAACCAGUCACUGUGGGAGAUGCCUGUUCUGGGGCAGCAUGAUGUCAUUUCUGAUCCUCUGGGCUUGAACGCAGCUCCUGCCUCAGGUGAAGCUGCAGGAGAAGCCGGACUGGGCAACGGCCAGCGCAAGAGACGUCCCUCAGAAGAUGCCGCCUUAACAAGCCCUAACAGCUUCAAGAGGCCCAAGAUUGAGAUUCCUGUAACUCCAACUACGCCGACCGUCCCAAUAUCACCCAGCACACCUGGUGCAAAGCCCUGGAACACCACAGUAGAUGAAAAACAAGGCCAACCCAGCACUCCAGCUCCGACCCCUUCCCCAGCCCCAUACCGGCCCUCUGUAAUAUACUGGGAUCUGGACAUUCAGACCAAUGCAGUGAUAAAAGAGCGUGCUCCAUUCAACUACCUCCCUCCUCAUCCAGAAAUUGAAUUACAGCGUGCCCAGCUCACCACCAAACUUCGGCAGCAUUACCACGAGCUGUGCAGCCAGCGAGAAGGCAUAGAGCCUCCACGAGAGUCAUUUAACCGCUGGCUUUUGGAAAGAAAGGUGUUGGAUAAAGGAGUGGACCCCCUGCUCCCCAGCGAGUGUGAUCCUGUCAUCUCACCCUCCAUGUUCAGAGAGGUCAUGAAUGACAUCCCCAUCAGGCUCUCUCGUAUUAAGUACAAGGAGGAGGCCAGAAGACUUUUAUUCAAAUACGCUGAGGCUGCCAAGAAAAUGAUUGAUUCUAGAAAUGCCACACCUGACAGCAGAAAAGUUGUGAAGUGGAAUGUUGAAGAUACAAUGAACUGGCUCAGAAGAGAUAACUCUGCCAGUAAAGAAGAUUAUAUGGAUCGCCUGGAACACUUGCGAAAGCAGUGUGGUCCUCAUGUGACGGCUGUAGCUAAGGACUCUGUGGAGGGGAUCUGCUCUAAGAUCUUUCACAUCUCAGCAGAGUAUGUACGCCGGAUUCGCCAGACCCACGUUAACCUUUUAAAAGAGUGCAAUAUUUCAGUGGAUGGUGCAGAAAGUACCAUCCAGGACCGCUUGGUAUAUUGUUACCCAGUGCGAUUGUCCAUUCCGUCCCCACCGCAGCCCCGCGUUGAGCUGCACUUUGAAAACGACAUCGCCUGUCUGCGCUUUAAAGGAGAGAUGGUCAAGGUCAACCGUGGCCACUUCACUAAACUGGAACUCCUGUACCGGUAUAGCUGUAUUGACGAUCCAAGAUUUGAGAAGUUCCUGUCCCGUGUGUGGUGCCUUGUAAAGAGAUACCAGGUAAUGUUCGGAUCUGGGAUGAAUGAGGGCACCGGCCUACAAGGAGCACUUCCUGUACUGGUGUUCGAGGCACUCAACAAACAGUUUGGAGUUACUUUUGAGUGCUUUGCCUCACCGCUCAAUUGUUACUUCAAGCAGUUUUGUUCAGCCUUCCCUGACAUUGAUGGUUUCUUCGGUUCUCGGGGGCCUUUUUUAACUUUUUCACCGGUCAGUGGGUCUUUCGAAGCAAAUCCUCCCUUCUGUGAGGAGCUCAUGGAUGCCAUGGUCACACACUUUGAAGAUCUUCUGGAGCACUCAAACGAACCUCUGUCAUUUAUCAUCUUUAUUCCUGAAUGGCGGGAUCCCCCGACCCCAGCACUGAUGCGGAUGGAGUCUAGUCGCUUCCGUAGGCAUCAGUUAUCAGUUCCAGCCUUUGAGCAUGAAUAUCGCAGUGGUUCUCAGCAUAUCUGCAAGAGAGAUGAGAUGUACUACAAAGCCAUCCAUGGAACAGCAGUCAUCUUUCUGCAGAACAACGCUGGCUUUGCAAAGUGGGAGCCGACCAAUGAGAGGAUUCAGGAGCUGCUGGCUGCCUACAAGAUCUCAGCACGCUCACUUUCCUCUCCUGGACCUUCUUCUUCCUCCAGUACUGGAGACAAAGACUCCAAACCAAGUCAUGAGCGUUCAGCAAGUCUGGACACCCCCGGGGGGCAAGACGGUGGCAGCCCCGCGACAGAAACUGUUAACACUUAAGUGUGUGUUUGUGAGUCGGUGUGUUUGUGUAUAUGUAAGUAAAACAGUGCUGUUGGAUUAAGACUGACUGAAUGUUUGGUUGGUUCGUUGUGAGAGAAGAUGAUGGGAGAGCAAAAGAGAAAAUCUUAUUUAUUUUUCUCUGCCUCUAAUAUUUAAUAAUAUUUUGGGUUUUAUUAUUAAUGUUCUAGUUGUUGCGUUUUUUCAAUGCUGUAUUGAUUAUUUGGUCACUACUUGCAUUUUGUUGUUGACAUCCGACCGAGACGUGGCGAUUUUACUUUUUUAUUUGGGCGUUUUAAUAUUGUGCUUUGUUUCUGGUUGAUUUGUUCAGGCUCUGUUCUGAAAGAUUGGGUGUCUUCUAUGAGUUCUGCAUUCUUGUUUGUCUUUUUAUGACAACAGAAAGAGGUGGAUUAGCAAAUGGGCAACUAUGUUUAUAAGCCUCUUAACAUGCUAUACAUUACACAGUACUUGUGCACCUUGUAAAUAGUGAUCCUGUACUAGAGCCAGUUUAUUUUGUGCUCACAUGUGCUGUAAAGGUUUCUCAGAAUGCUCAUGCAAGGCCUUUAAUGGUCCCGUUUCUGAAAAGAAAGAAAAAAAAAAACAGAACUACGACGAUGACAUGGACUUGUCUGUAGCUUUGGUCUAUAUGAUUUUUUUUUAAAGAGAACACAACUGUAGAAAAGAAUCCCCCGAAUAUUUAUGAAUUUACAUUAUAUUGUAGUUCCAGCCUCUAUUUAUCGUGUUCACAGGAUUUUAGUGAAGUCAGUUAAACAUUGUUUACUUGUCUGUAAGAAUAUGAUUCAGUGCUUUGUAUCUUAUUUGUUGUGUGCACUACAUACUUUAAACAUGUACACUGGGCCGCUCAGGUGGCGCAUCAGUAAAAACACACACUAGCACACCAGAGCUGGGAUCUCGAAUACAUCGCAUCGAGUCUCAGCUCUGCCUGCCGGCUGGGCUGAGCAGCCACAUGAAUAACGAUUGGCCUGUUGUUCAUAUAGGGGUGGAUUAAGCCGAAUAGGGACUCUCUCAUAACUGAUGCAACUACGACCUCUGCUGGCUGAUUGAUGGCACAUGCACAAAGACGGGGAAAGAGUGCGGAUCAGGGUGUGUCUCUCUGUACACAGAGCUGGUCCAGAGCUGAUCUCAUCUGGUGUGGGUGACAAAAUGCAUACGGCUGCUGCCCACGUGUCGGAGGGGCUGUGGGUUAGCUUCGUUCUCCUCAAUCAGAGCUGUGGCUGGCACUAGUGGAGAGGAAGCAUCACAAUCGGGCAAUUGGAAGCGCUAAAAGUCCAGAGAAAAAAUAGGGAGAAAAUGCAUAAGCAUAUAUGCAUAUAUAUAUAAAACAUGUACACUGUCCGUGGCAGACAGGUAGACUAUUGAGCAAAUCUGUUGUCAAAAUUCUAAACAGCCCUAUUAUUAUUUUACUUAAAGUGACUUAAAACUACAAGCAUCUGAAAUUUAUGGACUUUGCAUUAGACUGCAACUGUGACAAUUUGGUGAUGGUGGUACUUGAACCUUCAACCUACCGAUCAAUAGCCAGUUUCUUAACCACUGAGCCACAAGGGUCCAGUGCAAAGUGGUGGCUCAGUGAUUAUGACUCUGAAAUACUAAUCAUGCUGCAUGAAGUUUAGAUACAGACUAGCACCAGGUCCCUGGGAACCUGGGCUUGGCCCUUGCUCAAGUCACUAUUUAUGAGGCAGUUGGUGUUUGUAUGUGCCCCCUUCAGGUAUUGUGCAAACAAUGAGCUGAGAUCAACCUGAAAAUGGAUUGGCUGCCUUACAUUAUCCCCUUAGUGUGAGUGAAUGACGCUCUGACAUGGAUUAACGCUCUGUUUGGAGUGUACUGCUGGACUCACCGCAGCCCUAAACAGAAUGGAUGUUCGUGGUUACUAACAGUUAAUUACUAAACUAACUAGUAUUUGGUAAGUUGUGAGUUCAAAUUCCACAUCUACCAGGUUGCCACUAUUAAGCCUUUGAGCACGGUGGCUAAAUGGGUAGCAUUGUCGCCUCACAGCGAAAAGGUCCUGGGUUCGAUCCCCAGGUGGGGCAGUUCGGGUCCUUUCUUUAUGGAGUUUGCAUGUUCUCCCCGUGUCUGUGUGGGUUUCCUCCGGGUGCUUCGGUUUCCUCCCACAGUCCAAAGACGUACAAGUGAGGUGAAUUGGAGAUACCAAAUUGUCCAUGACUGUAUUUGAUAUAACCUUGCGAACUGAUGAACCUUGUGUAAUGAGUAACUACCGUUCCUAUAAUGAAUGUACAACAUGACGUUAAAAUCCUAACAAACAAACUCUUAUCAAGAGGAGACAAAAGGACAAUGUAAAAACAAACCAAAAAAACACAAGUGUUUUUAUUGCACGCUGGUAAUCAGAUUCUUUUUUCCAUUUAGGUUUCAGAAUUGUGUUAUUAUCCUACAAUGCUGUAAAUAUGUUUAAUAGUUUAUUUUAGAGCAUUCAAGAUUAAAUCUGAUUGCUGAGCAUCAUAAUAAAUAUAAAUGAAUUAAUAAAAAAACAAACAUAAAAUAGGGGGUCAAGGUGUUCUCUAGUGAAUUAAAAAAAAAACUUUUUGGAUCAUGUUUUCACUCUCACUGUUCUUGUUAACUUUACAAAAUAUUAUGUUGCAGUUGCUAUGGUUGAGUUUCUAAGUGUCGUAACAUGUAGUUUCUUAAUCUUUAUAUUGUAUAUUCUCACCUGUGUGUAUAUAUUUACCUACCCCUCCCUUUUUCCCCAAAAAAGAUCAAUUCUAAUGACUGGAUAACGGCUUAUGCGUUCUUGCCACAGUAGAGAAUUUACUUAUCAUUCACAUAACUUCUGAUAUCCUGAAGAAAAUUUCCCACCUUUUUAAACUCAUCUGAGCUUUCAACAUCAGAUGGCUUUUCUCAUUCCUGGGAUGCUUCCCAUCACCAGCAAAACUGUAGAUAUUGUACAGAAAAGCAUUAUGAAGUAUGUUUUUUUUUCUCUACUACAGUUGUAAGUUCUUUUAAAACAGAAAAGUAAUUAUUGUACAUGUAUUUCUUUACUUUUUUAUUUAACAUGUUUAACAGAUCUGUUUAUGAAUUAUACAGCUUAUGAAAUAGAAGUCAUUUUAAACUAAACCAAAGUGAUAACUUAAAGAGGAGAAAUUUAUCUUGUAUUUAGUAGAACUGUGUAUGGACAGUAAUGCAUAGUGUAACCAGCAAAAUUAUUUGUUAUUUUUAUAACUCCCUGUAUUGGUCUGUUUAUUUUCCCCUGCUUGUUCAUAUUUCUCAAAGUCAGAGAUAAUGCAUUGUAAAGAGUUUAAUUGUUGCAUUACAUUGUAGGUUUUCACUGAUAGUUUUGCGUAUAUUCUCUGUAUCUUGAUUAUUUGCACCAUUUUAGAGGUCAUUGUUGGAUUUGUUCAUUUUUUAUGUCAAUUACCAUCAACCCACUGCUCUACUUUCCAUAAACAAAUAUGGAAUGAAUGUAAAUAAUGUAUGUGCUCAAGUCACCAGUUUCUCCUUACAGGAUAUUAUUGAUGUUGUGGCAUUUCUCAUCUUCUGGGUCAAUGUGAAUAUAAACAUCUGGCUUAGUUUUGUUCUUAGUAAACACUGUUGAAACAAUUCUUUAACUGUGUAUAAAAAUUCAAACGUUAUGUUUUUAAAGGGAUUGUCUGCAUCUGAAUUACUAACCUAGUGUGGAAAAACCCCAUUUAAGUUACUAAGAAUUGUCCUCCCUUAUGCUUAUCCUCUUAAAGUAUCAUUAGACAGUCAAUCACAUAAAGCACAGGGCAUCUAAUCAUUUUCAGACAGAAAAGAUAAUAUUUAUAAGAUAAUACACUGUCUUUUAGAACUGUGCUUAUAUUUAUCAGGGCCCAAAAAUUGAAUGUGUAGUCCUCACAAAUUUCUAUAUCCAAAUAAAUAACCUCGGCUACCAAUAAGAAAGCACUACAGACUUCAGUAUGUAGUUAUUUUUUUUCCAAAAAUAAACCAACUUUUAGAGAA